UUAUUUUUUCAAAAAAAAAAAUCUGCUUUUUUAAAAAUUAGUUAAAUAAUGUGUUUUAUUGUUUUUAUGUCAGUGGCCCUGCGAGCCUUAAAAUGUGACAUCAAGCUGUCAAAUAUUUCUGUAUUUGUAUGUUUAUACCAAUAAAUUCUGUUUUACUGGUCAGACUCUCUCUCUCUCUCUCCCUCCUUCCCUCCCUCCUUCUCUUCACAAGCUGUUGAACCUCUUUUGUCUCAUUUCGCUGAUUUCAGGAGACGCCAGAAGGUGAAAACAGAAUAAAUUUGUCCCUGUUUUUUCUCUCUCUCCUUUGAGACACUCGUGUUUAUCUCUGGAAGAAGCUUUUUUUUUUCCUUCGUUGUCGGUCACCAGCUCGACCUUUGGACUGGUUUUCAGCACCAUGGACAGCGCCUUGGACAGCCUGGACGCUGCAGGAUUUUUACAGAUUUGGCAACAUUUUGACGUUGACGACAACGGCUACAUCGAAGAAAAGGAGCUGGACGCUUUCUUUCAGCACACGUUGAAAACACUCGGGAUGAAGAGAGGAGAGAUAACUGAGGACAAAAUAAGAAGACUGAGAGAAAGAUUCAGGUCUGCUUACGACAUCACAGCCGACGGACGUCUGCAGAUCCAAGAGUUGGCCACCGUGAUGCUGCCUGAGGAGGAGAACUUCCUGCUUCUGUUCCGCAGAGAGACGCCGCUGGACAACAGCGUGGAGUUCAUGAGGAUCUGGAGAAACUACGACACCGACAGCAGCGGUUACAUCUCAGACAUUGAGCUCAAGGGUUUCCUUCAGGACCUCUUCCUCCAACACAGGAAGUCCAUCACCCCUGAAAAACUGGAGACGUACACCGACACCAUGAUGAAAAUGUUUGACAAAAACAGAGACGGCCGACUGGAUUUAAAUGACCUGGCCAGAAUUUUGGCCCUGAAGGAGAAUUUCUUACUGAAGUUUAAAAUGGACGCUUGCAGUCAGGAGGACAGAAAGAGAGACUUUGAGAAGAUAUUUGCUCACUACGAUGUUAGUAAGACGGGUGCGUUGGAGGGUCCUGAGGUGGACGGAUUUGUUAAGGACAUGAUGGAGCUGGUGAAGUCCAGCAUCAGUGGAACAGACCUGGACAAGUUCAAGAAAGCUCUGAUGGGUCACUGCGACAUCAACGGAGACGGGAAGAUCCAGAAGAACGAGCUGGCUCUCUGUCUCGGCCUCAAACUCAGCUAACGGGACACUUCCUGACCUUUCUCUCCUCCAUCACUUUCUUCCUCUUUCUUCCCACGUGACUUAUUCCUCCUCCCAUCCUAAUUUAACCCUCCUUUACCGACCCUGAGUUUGAUGUUUAAACACCACAUCUGCAUAUUUUCUGCUCGUUAACAGAAGCACGUCUCCAUAACUUCACAAUAAAAGCAUAUUAAACGCCGCAGUAUUUAAACAAAGCUUUGAGUUAUAAGAUGCAAAAAACAAAAAACCAUCUAGUGGGUCAGUGUGUUAUGUUUUUAAUAACUGCAUGACAUGUCGCCUCUUCGUUAUGUGCUAAUAAAUGAAACAAAAAUGUUGUGAAAUCGGACAAAAUGAAUGAAUAAACAUAUUUAAUAUUUGACAUUCGUGUCUUAUUUUACUGUGUCUCACAUUGAAAGAACAUCAGGAAGAAGAAAACUCGUUUUAAUGUUCAUUACUGAUUAUUGUUUAUGUUGUUUAUGGUCUGUAAAGCACUUCGGUCAACGUGGGUUGUUUUUAAAUGUGUUUUAUAAAUUGACAGUUUCAUGUAAUCUGACACAAUCUCUUAAUCGUCCAAAGAGCAACGACGUUUGUUCGGUGUAAACUUUCACC